AUGCAGCUGUCGCUUUCCACUUUCUUGACCUUGGGCCUUGCCCUUGUGCAGACCUCUUCUGCUGCCCCGGCACCCGUCAGUGCUCUGAGCAAGCGAACCGUUGACAAUCUUCCCCCAAGUGACCAGUUCAUAACUUGCCCGGGAUACCGCUAUAGCCGCGCCCAAGUUGAAACAGCUAUCCAGCGAGGCAUCACCAACACACCGACUAAUGGGCCCCAACCGGGCGGCUACCCCCACGUCUUCGGCAAUAACCGCAAGCUAAAGUUCUCCGACGCAUGCGCGGGUAAGAAGUUGUAUGAGUUCCCCAUUCUGCACGGGGACAGUGUCUACGGUGGCGGUGAUGCCGGCGCCGACCGGGUUGUGUUUUAUCUCUACACUUCCAACCCAGACACGGACCCAACGGAGAAUGGUGCGUAUUGCGGUGUUAUGACCCAUGACGGUGCGGUUAGGAAUGAGUUUGCGCUGUGCCCGUCGAAAGAUUAA